UGGCAACCUCACACAGACCUCUCAACUAUAAACAAGCGGAGCACCUUCACUGGUCUGCUGAAGCUAGGCUAACAAACUUUCUCUACCAGUGAAUUUGUUCAUCUGGGCCAGUCAGUACAUCGCAGUAUCACAAAUCAAUGCUCAUAUCCUGACCAAUGGACCGCUGCAGAGUCUGCUCAGAUAAAGACGGUCUGUUUUGGAGGUAGAUCAUGAACGACAAACUAGUCUUCCUGGGCUUGUUGUACUUUGUACAGGGCAUCCCUUAUGGUCUCCAGUCAUCCCUGCUCCCUGUCUACCUGCGUGGAGCUGGUCACUCCCUCACCCGCAUCGGCUUCACAAAGAUCCUCUACUUCCCCUGGGUCCUCAAGGUGCUCUGGGCCCCUUUUGUGGACCGGGUUGGCACCAAGCGACGCUGGCUGGUGGGGACAGUUUCUGGGCUGGCUCUGACUUGCCUCUCCAGCGCCGCCCUUGCCCCAGAAGCACAUAUCUGGGGAGUAGCAGCAACCCUGCUGGCCAUGAACACCUUGGCCUCUGUCCAGGAUAUCGCUGUAGAUGGGGCUGCGGUGGGGUUGCUUAAAGGUCGUGGAGAGCUGGGGCUGGGAAAUUCAGCACAAGUUGUAGGUUAUAAAGCUGGAUCGGUGUUUGCAGGAGGUGGGCUGCUGGCAGUAAUUGACGUGGCUGGAUGGAGCUGGAUGUUCAUGCUGUUGACAUUUGUGUACGCAGGCGUGGCUCUAUUUGUGUGGGGGGCCCCUGUGCUAGACGAGGAGACUAUAAGGGGACAGCAGGGAGAGGGAAGCAGGAGGGCAGGGCAAGGGGCGGACGCUAUGAGGCCAUGGAGGGUGUGGAAGAAGCUGCUGGCAGUGCCCGGCACCCCUUGGACAGUCCUGUAUGUGCUGACAUACAAACUCGGUGAGCAGGGGGCAGUGACCAUGUUUCCUCUUUUCCUGUUGGAUCAUCACAUGACCGCCCGGGAGCUCGGCUUCUGGAACGGCGUCAUCGCCAUGGGCUUCUCCAUCUGUGGGUCGUCGCUGGGAGGCCUGCUGCUCGCUCAGUUCAGCAUCGGGGCUAUGAUGAGACGAGUGUUUGUAUUAAGAACCGUCAGCAUGGUCUUCCAGAGCUCUCUACUCACUGUGCUCGAGCCGUCACCGCUCCUGAAAGGUAUGGCCGUCCUGAGCAUGAGCGUUCAGCACUUCCUGGGCGGUCUGAUCACCACGCUCACCUUCACCACCAUGAUGCAUUGCACUCAGAGGGCAGAGGAAAGCAUUCAGUCCACUCACUACAGUUUCCUGGCGACUCUGGAGGUGUUGGGGAAGCUGACGUUCAGCGCCCUGGCGGGAUGCGUGGUGGAUUGGUUUGGUUUCCAGGUUGCCUUCCUCUUCUUCCUCACCCUCUCGGCUGGGACGGCCCUGCACGUGUGGACAGCUACCUUCACUGGUGCUCUCAGGGAACACCAGCUCAAAGAGCAGCCCAAGUGAGAGCAUGAUCAGGGUCCUGAUGAGGGGCUAAAAAUAACUUUAACCACCAGUAUUCAGACACCUCAGAAGUCCUUUAAUACAGCUAAAUAAAACUCUCAGCAAACCAUUUUAGUAUCGAGAAUGAAUAAGUUUACUUUCUUGUUCUGCCAUUUCUUCAGGAGAAACCAGCCAUGCUUUAAGUACUCUUAUUAUUACAGAGUGUUUCUUUUGUUAUUGCACUAGCACAACUGGCCUUACUUUUUUAUUUUGCAUUAAAUUGUCUUAAUAAGUCUUAAAGGGAUACUUCCACCGUUGAAACAUGAAUCUGUA